UUUUAGCCCGCCAGGCUAGCCCUAAAUCCUAAUUUUUCCCUUUCUGCGAUUUCUGCCGUUUCUCCCUUCUUCAACUCUCCGUCUCACCCUCAGUCCCUCUGUGGCGGUCGCCUACUGCCCUACUCCCAGCGACGCAGCCGCGUCACAGCCGACCACCUCCGGCCACCCCCCGUCUCAGUAGACACCAGGUCAGCAGACACCCCUCCGAGUCUCCGACCAGCCGACGGCUCUAUCCAGCAUCAACAUUCAACAGCACUAAAGCAGCGACCAGAGAGAGGGAAGCGGAGGCGGUGUAUCACGAGCUUGGACUCAGCUCCAAUUAUACGUCCGACAAAUUUCCAAAUUUUGCACUUCAACUAUACUGUCCUAACUUCAUUUUAGUUCGGAUUUUGGAUAUCCUGUUUGUAAGGCGAAUCUUAAAUUAGUUCAAUUUGUAACGGAAAGAUUAGUCUGUGGAUUGAAGAAAGAGAGGUGAAAGAUGCAGCACGAUGAGGUCAUAUGGCAAGUUAUCAGACACAAGCACUGCAGCUUUAUGGCAAAACUUGAAACGGGGAUAUUUUGCCGAAAUCCAUAUAACGUCACCGGUGUUUGCAAUCGGAGCUCGUGCCCUCUUGCUAAUAGUCGCUAUGCCACAAUAAGGGAUCAUGAUGGAGUAUUUUAUUUAUACAUGAAAACAAUAGAAAGGGCUCACAUGCCAAACAAGUUGUGGGAAAGAGUUAAACUGCCCAGAAAUUAUGAAAAGGCUCUUGAAAUAAUCGAUAAACAUUUGACUUACUGGCCAAAGCUCCUUGUACACAAGACAAAACAAAGAUUAACUAAAAUGACUCAGAUGCGCAUAAGGAUGAGGAAGCUCGCUUUAAAAACACGAGAGAAGAUAAUGACUACGCCUAGAAAAGAGAGGAAGAGAGAGGCUCGUAGAGAACAAAAGGCAGAACAAGCAGCUGUUCUUGAUAAGAGUAUAGAAAAGGAAUUGCUGGAGCGCCUCAAGAGAGGAGUUUAUCCUGGCGAGAUAGUCAAUAUUAUCCCUGUUGCAAAGUACAAUGAGAUUCUUGAUAAAGAAGCUAUUGUUGAUGAGGAAGACGAAGAUGAAGAGGAACAUGAGGUAGAGUAUGUCGAAGGAUAUGAUGAAUUAGAAGAGGAGGAGGAUAUGGAAGAUUUUGGUGGUUUAGCAAUUGAGAAUGCUGGUGCAGCAGAUGAUGAUGAUGAGGUGGACAGUGAUGAUGAAGAGACUGUUGCAAUUCAUCGAAAGAGGAAUAAGAAAGAGUCUGGCUUAGGUUCAAGAAAGCAUGGGAGUGAUGAACCGAGUGUCAAAGCUAAGAAGAAAGCAAAAGUACUUGUUGAGGUUGAGCAUGAAGAUGGAGGUGAAAGACAAACUGCAGUCCAAUGAAAGAAUGUAUGUUUUUUAUACUUAUCGUACUUGCCAGAAAUUAAGGUGGUUCAUAUCCAAGUUAUACCCAAUUGUUUGUCCGACUUUCUUCAGUAGCUAGUAAUAUGAUGGUUAGAAGAGUUGUCCCAGAAGAUGUGUCUGGUAAUUUUGGUUCUCUUCCGGAUACUGCACUGUAUGACAAAUUUUGUUCCCUUAGUUUCUGUUUAUUUUCUCUUUAUCUGAAUUUUAUUAGUAUUUGCUAAUUGUUUCCAUUCAACGGAUUGAACAGAAAUGUUGCAGUUUCUUGAAUGAAAGUGUAAAAUGAGUUACUGAAA